GGUCUUGCAAGAAUAAGUACCUAAUCUCCUUCAUGUAUCUUACUUUUCUUAAAAAAAAAAUAAGUCCCCAUUACGCCAUAUUUCAUAUUGGAUUACCAGAUCCAAAGUAACGCCCAAAGUCUCUCUCCUCCGAACCAACUAUAACUACAACUACAACUACAGUGAUCAAAUCAAAUUACUGCACUCCAAGAAGACGACUCCACCAACAAUGGUGGCUCCCAAGAACUCCUCUCCUCUCCCCAAAUCUGGCGCAGUUUCCAAGGGCUACAACUUCGCUUCCACUUGGGAACAGAAUGCUCCAUUGACAGAGCAACAACAAUCCGCAAUCGUUGCAUUGUCUCAUGCUGUUGCCGAGCGUCCCUUUCCUCCCAAUUUGGCGCAGGAUCGAGUACAGGGGCGGGGACAUGAUUUAUCUGUUAGUACGCAGGACAGUGUUGCUGAUAACUCUGCUGCUAUUGAGGCUGUUUUGGUUAACACAAAUCAGUUUUAUAAAUGGUUCACUGAUCUUGAAGCUGCCAUGAAGUCAGAGACAGAGGAAAAGUAUAGACAUUAUGUAGAUACUCUGAUACAGCACAUACAAACUUGUGAUGAUAUACUUCGCCAGAUUUGGUUAUCAGCUAAUACCUGCCUCUUGCAUGGUAUGCAACUUUGGCAAUAUUUGAUGCAGGUGGAUGAUACCCUUGAAUUGUUUAACGAGCUACAGUAUCAACAUCAAGCAGUGGCAACUAAGACUAAAACCCUUCACGAUGCAUGUGAUAGAUUGCUAAUUGAAAAGCAGAGAUUGAUUGAAUUUGCAGAUGCUCUUCGGAGUAAGCUUAGUUACUUUGAUGAAUUGGAGAAUAUUUCAACAAGCUUCUAUUCCCCUAGCAUGAAUGUUGGAAAUCAAAACUUUCUUCCUCUGCUGAAGCGGCUGGAUGAAUGCAUAUCGUACGUUGAGAGCAAUCCCCAAUAUGCAGAGUCUAGUGUGUACUUGGUCAAAUUCCGACAGCUCCAGUCACGAGCAUUGAAUGCGAUAAGGUCUCAUGUCCAGUCAGUCCUCAAAAAUGCAUCUUCUCAGGUUCAUGAAGCAAUACGAAAUAUUGGUGGCAGUAAACCAGCAUUUUCUGAAGGCGUAGAGGCAUCUGUUAUAUAUGUCCGUUUCAAGGCUGCUGCAAGUGAGCUCAAGCUUGUGCUCGAAGAAAUCGAAAGCAGAUCAUCACGGAAAGAGUACUCCCAGCUCCUUAUCGAAUGCCACAAGGUGUACAGUGAGCAGCGGCUUUCAUUGCUGAAAGGCAUUGUGCAGCAGCGAAUAUCAGACUUUUCUAAGAAAGAGGCAUUGCCAUCAUUGACUCGGUCUGGGUGUGCAUACUUGGCACAGGUUUAUCAGCUUGAACACCAAUUAUUUAGUCAUUUUUUCCCAGCUUCUUCAGAGGAUGUUUCAAGUUUGGCUCCUUUGAUAGAUCCUUUGUGCACUUACUUGUAUGAUACUCUACGCCCAAAGUUUAUUCAUGAAACAAAUAUUGAUUUUCUCUGUGAACUUGUUGAUGUACUGAAAGUCGAGGUCCUUGGAGAGCAGCUCAAUAGACGGAGUGAAUCAUUAGCUGGUCUGCGGCCAACUUUCGAAAGAAUCUUGGCUGAUGUACAUGAGCGUCUAACAUUUCGUGCUCGGACUCAUAUCCGCGAUGAAAUAGCAAACUAUUACCCUCUUAAUGAAGACUUGGAUUACCCUGCAAAACUGGAACAAUCUUCUGAGGUUAAAGAGGAAGCUCAAACUAGUGAAGAGAAUCAAGAUGUUUUCAAAUCCUGGUACCCGCCCUUGGAAAAAACUCUCUCACUGCUGUCAAAGCUGUAUCGAUGUUUAGAACCAGGCGUUUUCACUGGUCUAGCUCAGGAAACAGUGGAAGUCUGCUCCUUGUCCAUUCAAAAAGCAAGUAAACUCAUAUCGCAGAGAUCGUCACCAAUGGAUGGGCAACUUUUUCUGAUAAAGCAUCUUCUAAUCUUAAGAGAGCAGAUUGCGCCUUUUGAUAUAGAAUUUUCAGUCACACAUAAGGAGCUUGAUUUUUCUCAUUUGCUGGACCAUCUUCGACGACUUCUUGGAGGACAAGCCUCUCUAUUUGAUUGGUCAAGAUCAUCAUCUUUGGCAAGAACCUUUUCUCCUCGGGUUCUGGAAAGUCAAGUAGAUGCUAAGAAGGAUUUGGAGAAAAUUCUUAAAGCCACUUGUGAAGAAUUUAUAAUGUCAGUGACAAAGCUUAUAGUGGAUCCACUGCUUUCAUUUGUGGCCAAGGUCACAGCUGUGAAAGCCACAGUUUCUUCAGGUAGUCAAAAUCAAAAACUUGAGACUGUUAGAGCAAAACCUCUUAAGGAGCAAGCUUUUGCAACUCCAGAGAAGGUGUCUGAAUUACUUCAGAAGGUAAACUCUACAAUACAGCAAGAGCUACCAAGUGUGAUAGGGAAGAUGAAGCUGUAUCUCCUGAAUCCAUCAACAAGGACAAUAUUAUUCAAGCCAAUAAAGACAAAUAUUUUGGAAGCUCAUACCCAAGUACAAUCACUUGUAAAAUCAGAAUACUCACCAGAAGAGAUAGAGAGCAUCAACGUGGUUUCUAUAGAGGAUUUACAGGCACAACUUGAUAGCCUACUCUAGAUCUGGCAGAAGCACGUAUGAAGCAAAGCCAUUUACUUCAAGUGUUAGGAAUUGUUCAUAUUAAAUCUAUACAAGAAACUAUAUUCACAAGAGUGAUGAUUCAUUUGCUCACAGAUAGUAUACGUAUUUAGAAUGCAACUAUAGAUUUGUAGAUGAAUAUUACUUCUCUUUUCUCUCCUUUCCUUUCUCAUGGUAUGUUUGUUUCCUUUGUAUUAUUCAUUAAUCAUACCAACAACACAAUUUUCGUAAGUCCCAAAUUCUUUUUGUUGGAUCUUAAGUAUUCAUUGUAAUUGUUUUUUUAAAGAAGUAUUCAUUGUAAUUAAUUUUGAAUAACCAAUUUUUGA